UGACAAUCGAAGCCCGACGCAGGAAUCUCCGCGCGCGCCAUCGGUCCCGAUUGGUGGGUCGGCGGUCAGUCUGCGAUCGGCGGUCGUGCCGAUGAUAUCGUGCGUGCCCGGUGCCCCGACAGAAGCAUUUCGCGCGGCCGGUUCAGCUCGUGCUCCGAAACCGAAGCGUGUCCGCCUCUAGCGAAAAAGGAAAACAAAAAGAAAAGGAGAGCGUCGAUCGUCGAAUUUCACCAGUCAUCGGCAACGAGAUAGAUAAUAAACCCGUUAUCUUAUCGCGGAAGAGACAGGCAAGAGGUGUAGUCCCGUCGGAUUGUUACGCAAUCACGCGACGGCGACCAAACGGGGACAAUGAAGUCGAAGACGAGCGAGAGUUUUAUAGCGAGUGAAAGUAACGGGGUCAAGAGGGACCAGGAACUCAAGCAGAAAACGGUGAAGAAGGGUAAAACGUUCUGCCAGUCUUGCAAGAAGAAGUGCAGCGGGGAGGUGCUACGAGUGCAGGACAAGUAUUUCCACAUAGGGUGUUUCAAGUGUGCUCAAUGCAACGCGAGCUUAGCGCAGGGCGGCUUUUUCGCGCGUGAGGGCUCUUACUACUGCACCAAGGACUACAGGGAACGCUGGGGCACCAAGUGCGCGGGCUGCGGCGAGUACGUGGAGGGCGACGUGGUCACCGCCGGCGAGAAACACGCGUUCCAUCCGAACUGUUUCCACUGUCAGAGAUGCAGGCAACCUCUGCUGGGUCAAGGGACCAAGGUGUCUCUCGUUCAAGGUCAAGCUCUAUGCCAUCGAUGCGUCGGUAUCCCGGUUCGAGAGGCCUCGACGCCGGUCGGCAAUAACGCGACGACCAGAGGAGCCGGAGACGGGCCCUCCGACCCCGGUGCAUGCGCCGGUUGCGGAAACCAAUUACGGGAAGGUCAGGCUUUGGUCGCGCUCGAUCGGCAAUGGCACGUAUGGUGCUUCAAGUGCCACAGCUGCGACACCGUGCUCCACGGCGAGUACAUGGGAAAAGACGGGGUGCCUUACUGCGAGAAAGAUUACCAGAAGCAGUUCGGCGUGAAGUGCGCGUACUGCAAUCGCUACAUCAGCGGCAAGGUGCUGCAGGCCGGUGACAACCAUCACUUCCAUCCGACUUGCGCUCGCUGCACCAAGUGCGGCGAUCCCUUCGGCGACGGCGAGGAGAUGUACUUGCAGGGUGCCGCGAUAUGGCACCCGCGUUGCGGCCCGGGGCCCAGUGGUCCGAACGGUAUCGUAAACGGCCACGGAGAGGCUCACACUCCGCAGCACCGGGAGUCCGAGCGAAUUUCCAGCAGCGCGUCCGAGAUGCAGUUUUCAUUGCGGUCACGCACGCCAAGCCUGAACGGAUCACUCUGCAGCCCUUACAGCAGCCUCAGUCGCAAGUAUUACCCCGCGCGAACCGGCAGUCCUGGACUGAUGUUGAGAGAGUACGGACGCGGCGCAUCCGAGGAUGUGUCUAGGAUUUACACGUACUCGUACUUGACCGAGACGCCCAGCCAAGGAUACUUGAGACGUCCGAUACAGCCGUACGACAAACCUCCGACUAGCCCACACUUUCACAGACCCAGCUCGUCUCGUUCGAUAAGAAGCAGCGGUGGACGUAGCAGCCGAUCCGGAAUGCGAGCUCUGGUCGAUGCUCUCAGCGAGCCCAGACCGAAGUCGCCGGCCAGUCAAGUAGAUAAUGAUGAGCCAAUAGAGCUGGCGCAUUAUCCAGACGCCAUGAAACCACCACCCGGAGCCAAGCCGCCGAUCGAAAGGGACGAUUUCCCUGCUCCUCCUUAUCCUUACACAGAUCCUGAGAGACGCAGGCGAUGGUCGGACACAUACAAGGGAGUACCUGCAUCGGACGAAGAAGACGAAGUCGAUAACAAGACGUAUAUAAAGGAGGCAGACGAGAAAUUGAGAAAGGAGCAGGACGAGCUGAGCAAAAUCGACACUGGCAUAGCGAAGGUGUUCCUACAAGAUCGCGAGAAGGAUCGGGAGAAUUUAAGACAUAAAGCUGCCAAUGUAGAUCCUAGAAACGCGUCGAGGACGCCGUCAGCAGCCAGAGAACCGACUCAUAGACUUCGAUACGAGAGCCCUGUUGGUGCAUCUCCUUCGAGAAAUAUAGAUCACGCCAGGCCCUGGGAAGACGACGAUGGCCUCAGUUACAGAUCCAGCGGUCCCAGUUACAACGUUGGGAGGUCAUCGGCACGUUCCCCGGCUCCCAGAAACUAUCCACCCCUUGGUACUCAACGCGCCUUCACUCUUCCAAACGCCGCUAGGCACUAUCAUUCGGUGAUUGUGAGCUCCCUUCGGCACAUCCCGAAGCCAGGGUACGGUCUGGCACCGCGAAGUCACACCUUCUCCUCGACCGGCGGUUCUGUAUCUGCUCUCCCUGGUGAUUAUUCGUUCAGUGGGAUGGGAGACAAGACGCACAGCACUGAUUUCUCCUCUGGCAAGUCAGAUAUAUCGACAGGCAGCAUCACGGAUGUGGAUCGACGGGCACUGAAUGAUGGUGGAAUGCUCCCAUCAUCCACCACAUAUACAGGUGGCCUAGGUUCGGUGGUCGGAAGUCACGGGGGCCAUCAUGUGAGGAGAUCGUUGCCGGACAUGGGUACUGCGCCAUCCGAACCACCGAAACUCUAUCCAUAUCACUUACUUGUCAUCACUAACUAUAGGCUGCCCGCCGACGUGGAUCGUUGCAACCUUGAGCGACACCUUUCAGACGCGGAAUUCGAGGCAAUCCUGCAGUGCAGCCGCGCAGAGUUCUACAGAAUGCCGCAGUGGCGUCGCAACGAGAUAAAGAGACGCGCCCGGCUGUUCUAACCGGCCACGGGCGCACCGCUCGUCCGCAUAAUAGCUUCGCCGUAUCACGAGCGUGUUGCCGUGGUAUCGAGUGUACAUUCCUUGGCCGCGCGUCAGGUGGACAGCCGCGAGAAGAGGAACCGUUGGUCCACGGGUGACCCGUGGAUCCGCGACGGGGAUCCACCGCCAUCGAACCGACUCGCGCGAUCACGCGUGCACACUGGCGUCGAGCGACACGCAGAGGCAACAGGAAACAAUCGAGCACUGCCAUUUGUCGUCAAUUCUGUUCUCUCAGCAACGAAUCCACAGGCAGCUUUUCUCGAACUGGACGGAAUCACGCACGAGAGCCCUCAUCAUCAUCCCCCCUGUGACUUCGGUGCUUCUUCCGGGAGAAUCGUCGCCGUUCUGUAACGUUGCCUCGUCGUUUCUCCGAGUCAACGUUGAAAGUAGAACCCAAGAAACGAAACCAUAGAAACGUUCGGCCGAAGAGGAUGUUCGAGAGGUAGCCAGCUCAACGACGAUAGCUAACCGUCGUCUAAAUAAUUAUUGUUUUUCACGCGGAAUCAAAGUGGUGAUUCGCCGGUGAUAAUGAAAGAAAAAGAGUUCUAACGGAAUAGAUAUAUUUCAAAUGGUAUAUCGUAUUAUGAUGCCGUCGACGCGCACCACAGAGACUAUUUCUUUCCUGUAUCAGUUUAGCUAUG